GGUUCGGGGGCCACAUACCACACGCUUCGCUCGGCGGUGGGGAGGGGGGAAAAGAAGGGGGCUGGUGGGUCAAGCGGCAGAGGUUUCUUUCCACUGGAUAGCAAGUAGCGGCGAGGGUCUGACCCGCAGGAGGAAAGUAGGCCGGGAAUAGGGUGAGGGGCAGCAGGGCGGACCGGGUAGGGGCAACAGGGCGGACCGGGUCCGGACGACUUGGCCGAGCCGGACCCUGUCUGGUGGAUUGGCUGUGGCUGAGCAGGGGUGUGGGUAGAGCUCCCUGGGCUGAAGAGGUGGGCGGCAUGGAGAGCAAGCUGGCGCCCAACGGGGACAUUUACAGCACCGUCAACGGGUUCAUGGAGAAAGCGCACUCGGAGAGCAAGGCUGCAGCCUGGAAGAACGGCUUCGUGAAGCCGGGGUUGGCUCAGAAUGGGCAGAUUCAUCAUAUUGCACAGAAUGGAGGACUGUACAAAAAGCCAUUUAAUCAAUCCUUUGAGCAAACUCCUAUGCUCGUUGCUGUGUUGACCUACAUGGGAUACGGAAUUCUUACGUUGUUUGGCUACCUCAGGGAUUUCCUUCGGGAGUGGAAGAUUGAAAAGUGUCAUCAUGCUACUGAACGUGAAGAGCAAAAGGACUUUGUACCUUUGUAUCAAGACUUUGAAAAUUUCUACACCAGAAAUCUGUACAUGAGAAUUCGAGACAGCUGGAACCGGCCCAUCUGCAGUGUCCCUGGAGCAAAGUUUGACGUAAUGGAGAGGGUCUCCUAUGACUAUAACUGGACAUUCAAGUUUACUGGCACAAUCAUCAAAGAUGUCCUCAACAUGGGUUCAUACAAUUACUUGGGCUUUGCUGAACGCCAUGGCUUCUGUGCUGAUGCAGCAACCAAAGCAACUAUCCAGUACGGAGUUGGUAUUUGUAGCACGCGCCAAGAGAUUGGUAACCUUGAUAAACAUGAAGAGCUGGAAAAAUUGGUGGCUCGGUUCCUGGGAGUUGAAGCAGCUAUGGCGUUUGGAAUGGGAUUUGCAACGAACUCCAUGAAUAUUCCUGCUCUUGUUGGCAAGGGCUGUCUGAUCUUGAGUGAUGAACUAAAUCAUGCAUCAUUAGUGCUUGGAGCCAGACUUUCAGGUGCCACUAUCAGGGUUUUCAAACACAACAAUAUGCAGAGCUUGGAUAAAUUGCUUAAAGACGCAAUUGUACAUGGGCAGCCUCGGACACGUCGACCAUGGAAAAAGAUUCUCAUCGUAGUGGAGGGAAUAUACAGUAUGGAAGGCUCCAUCGUCCGUUUGCCUGAGAUAGUGGCUUUAAAGAAAAAGUACAAAGCUUAUCUGUACCUGGAUGAAGCUCACAGCAUUGGGGCUCUGGGACCCACGGGUCGAGGUGUGGUUGAAUAUUUUGAUCUCAACCCCAAGGAUGUGGACGUCAUGAUGGGAACUUUCACCAAGAGCUUCGGUGCAGCUGGUGGAUACAUUGGUGGCAAAAAGGAACUUGUGGACUAUCUUCGCUCACAUUCUCACAGUACAGUCUACGCUACUUCAAUGUCUGCACCUGUUGCAGAACAGAUCAUCGCCUCCAUGAAGUGCAUCAUGGGAGAAGAUGGCACAACUCUUGGUCAAACCCGGGUUCAACAGCUGGCGGAGAACACACGGUACUUCAGAAGAAGACUGAAGGAAAUGGGAUUCAUUAUCUAUGGAAAUGAUGAUUCACCAGUAGUGCCUUUGAUGCUCUACAUGCCAGCCAAAAUUGGUGCUUUUGGUCGAGAAAUGCUGAAAAGGAACAUUGGAGUUGUGGUGGUUGGUUUUCCUGCCACCCCAAUCAUUGAAUCGAGAGCCAGGUUUUGUGUAUCUGCUGCUCAUACCAGAGAGAUGCUGGAUACAGCCUUAAAGGUGAUCGGAGAGGUUGGUGACCUCCUACAGUUGAAAUACUCACGACACAAGUUAGAGCCUUUAAUUGACCAUCCAUCUGAUGAAACCACCUAUGAAGAAAAUGAGGAUUGAAGAAUUUCCCGUGGUUAGACAAGCACUUGCAUGUCUAAGUCUCUGUUUUCAGUUCGAUUCCACUCGGCUGCUUUAUGCUUUGAAUUUUCACAUCUAUUUAUAUUUUGGAAAAAAAACCUAAACUGAAAGUGAACGGGCAUAUUUGAUGCCUCUAAAGCCAUUUUUGUUUCAUUAACAAGGUGUGUGUACAGGUUUUCAGCAUCACUUGAAAUCAAAACAAAUGGGGCACCUACUCAGAGUUUCUAACCCUCAAGCCUUGCUGAAUGUGAGCUGCAAAGCAUAUCAAGCAAAAAUGAGACCCCUCUCACAGCCAUGAAAUCCCUGCUGAUGAACCUUCUUCUCAUAGUCUAAUUUGAAUUCUUGCUAACUUUCCUCCCCAAGCACCCCCUCCCCUGCCAAAGAAAGCAAUUCAAGUACACUAACGAGUCUUGUUGAUCCUUUACAAUGUGGUCCUUCACAUGUUGAUUAAAUUUUCAGGAAUUUGUUUGGCAGGGGAGGUUUGGCUGGUCAGGGUAAGCCUAAAUCUAUUUCAAACAACCCAUACCUAAAUCAUUGUGAAGUGUUUUUGUUGGUGCACAAUUGGAAAAGAGAGAUUGAACUCCUGAGGCUGAUGUUGGUGCUGGCUAGAAUUACCAAAUGACUCUUCCCUGCAAGUCUCCAUGCUUGUGUGUGUAAAGGUAUCUUGUUAAAGAUGUCUGUAAGUUCAGUGAUAUGCUAUCCUCCACUUUACAAAAUCCACGCUUGUAGGAAUUGUGGUUUUCUAUUAUGUAGUUUAAAAUUGGUCAACUUUGAAGGAAACGCUGGAGAAACAUUUUCAUUUUGAAUAGAAGUAAUGAAGAAAGUAUGUAAGGAACUCACUAUCAAUGCUUUGAGCUUUUGAUAUUUUUAAAUUUUGUGAACAAAUGGCUUAUUCCAUGUUUUGUUGCAAAGAUUUGAUUUAUCCAUCCACUAAAAACUGCAAGUUGUCCCAAAAGCAGAGGGGAUUUAAUCACUGUCUUAUUAGGUUGCUUCACUCCAGUUAAUGCAACUGAAGGAUCUUGCUCUGCUUCCUUCCCUUCCAAAUACUACCCUCCCCCCCACCUCCCACAACACCCCACUCCCCAAACAUUCAGCUCACUAAUGGACAUUGGGGUGACCUGGUUUUUUUUCUGGCAAUUUUUAUUUUAGAUCAUCUGUUUAGAAAACAACUAAUAAGAGCAAUCAAAGUCUUGUUGGGUCCAUUGAUGUCAGUGUGUGCAUGUUUUCCAACCUAUGUUCAAUUUGCUGAGCUUCAAUCAAUCCUUCACUAAGCACUGGUGGUGAAUAUCCUUGGUCCCUGGGGUAGCGGAAAGGGGUGUGGGUACCUCCUUGGAAACUUGAACUGUGGGUGUUGUAUGUGCAAAUAAUAUGCAUCAGGUUGUAAUGUUUUUGUAAAAGACAUUCCUGCAAUAACAAUAUGAAGAUAUGAGAUUUACUUAAAUUGUUUAAUAGGCAGUGGGCACAAUUGUCUCUCCACAAUUGUCAUUCAUUCUACUUGACCUACAUGGAAUAUUUUUCAUUCAUUUUUCUGUUAAUUAUUUGCUGACAAGAAGCUAUCAAAUGAAGGCUCAGCUAUACAGUGAAAGGCACACUUCCUGUGUGUUGCAGUGCUCAUGCUUUUGCUGUUAGGUUGACCCUUGAGUUUCUUGAACAACAUUUAAGAUCAUACAAUUUCCAGAAUUUUGACUGGCUAGAGAGCUGCAUGAUUUCUGCGCAGAUAGUGUGGCUGGCAGGGCGAGAAUGUGGUUAUGUGGAAGGAUGGGAAGUUCUUCUGCUUCGUUCAUGUUUAGAGUUGAGCUGAUGAUGCUCACUGAAGUGUUGCACUAAGGCUUGACGGUGCACUGGCCAGUCAUUGGCCGUUAUAGUGUUGAAGAGAAAGUGAAACCAUAUCCAAGAAGUUGUUCUGAAAUUGGAGCUGAGGAAUGUCCCUGUGUACAAAUGGAACAACUCCCCUUGUAUCUUGUUCCCAGACUUUCCUCUGGCCUAGUUUUUGAAAUUCCACUCAUUGAUUUGAAGAAGGCAGCUGCCCAAUGACUUGAUGGCUGAUGGUGCAGUGCACUCGGUGUGGAUCUGAGGCAUGCAAAGUAAGAAAGUUCUAGCAUUGUUGCUUGAUCUAUUCUGAGCUGGCUGAUCCCUGCCUGCAUCUUCCCAGUUGUGCUGCAGUUCUUUGUAUCGCAGGGGCUUAGCUGUGCCCGUGAGCAGGGAAAGUAGGAAAUGAUCAGGAUUCCUGAUCAGUAUUGCUGUCCAGUGACCCCCUCCUGAAAUAUGUGGAUUUGGGUGAGGACAGAAUAAGAAUCAUGCAUUAUAUUGGCAGUGCCUACUCAGAAGAUUGAGUGUUGAGGAUGGUGGCGGCUGGGAGAAGGCAGCUCAUGCCUGAAAACUACACAAUCUAUGCCUCCAGAAAGGGGAAAAUAAGGGAGAAAAAUAUUUUUUUAAAAAUCCAAAGAAUAGUCAAUUUGAUAGCUGGACCAGAGAAUAUAUUGGAAAUUUUGUAUCCAAAUGUGAAAGUGAAGAUUUCAUGUGUAGCAUGACACAGAUAUGGUUUGGGAAUCCUGACCACUAUAUUGGCAUUCUAUAUUUUACUUUUUUGAGUAGUGCUUUAUAAUCAUUACCCUUUUGAUUCUGUUUUGUUUUGGCUCUUUCCACAUCAAUGUGAACACUACAAAAUUCACCUGAAAUCUUAAGGGUUGAGCUUCUUCACAGAGUGUACUAAGUUACACAGAUCAGGAUUUGUGAUUCCUUAAUUGAGUGGAUUCACUUCCUUUCAACUGAAGGGUUUUUUUUUUAAAAAAAAGCAUCAAAUCAUUGUAAGCAAAUGUAGAGUUAGUUCCUGUGGCAUGUUACACUUUUAGAAAGGUAGGAGUUACCUAUCACUGCUCAUUAAAAUUCAGUUAUGUUUUGAGCUGCAUUUAUUGGAUUGCCACUUGGGCAGUUUGUGACUGUAUAUUCUAAGUGUGCUUUUUUGUUACAUGAUCCUAGAUCAAUCUGUUUACAUUACAAACUACAUAAUUAUGUUCUUGUAAACUGGAGAUGCCUUUCUAGAGGAGUGUGAAGUUCUAGAUAUUGGGCCUUUGAAUCUUGGAUUUUUGUUCAGUUCAUGACCAGACUCUUGCUGCAAGUAAAGUACCAUCCCAAGAAGCUGUCCAGAGCCAUUCAAAGCUAUAAAUAGUCCUCGGUUCUAACCCUUCGCCCGCUACACCUCCACUUGUGUACUUGUCCCUGUCGGGUUUUCCUGUAGCCUCCUCUCUCCUUAGUGGACUGUUUUUCAUCCUCAUGAAGGAUGGCCAUGAUGGUCUUCAAUUUUGCUUCUUUCCUCCCAACCAGGAAGAGAAAUACCCAAUUUUCAGCCGAGUCUGGUAUAUACAGCCUAUUAAGGGAAAUAUAGUUAAUGUAAAUUCCACUUAAAAUAGAGAGAUCUGUUUCGUUCUGAAGGUCUGUUUACUCUUAUGAAUUCUGUGUAUUAUAAAGCUGUAGGUAUCUAUUAAAGGAUAUUUGAGUGUACCUUGGAGUAGGCUGUUGCUAUGUAGUGUAGGCUUGCCAGGAUUUCCUUUAAGCUUUUAAACACUCAAGGAGAUAUCAGUGAAUCAGUAAACAUCUGAAUCUUGAGUGUUUAUUUCUCUGGUAUCUUUACUUGUAGUGUUUUUUUUAAAAAAAACUACUUCCACACUGUGCAAUAUACAUGCAAUAUUGAAGGGGUUGCCCUGGCAAGCAACUCAUCUUCAAAUCUUACGUACCCAUAGCUUUUGAAAAUAAUAAUCAGAGAUCAAGUGGAAAGUGUACAUGUUCCAGGUAGAUAAUCAGGCAAUAGAUUUGGUAAAAUGAUGCUAGUCCAGGAGUGUGAAGAACACUUUGAAAUUGAUCAUCUUCAGGUGAUGUCAUAAACUAGAUGAGCAGUUGAAAGGAAUAUCUUCUGCCAGUGCUUAUUUUGUGCUUUGCUCUGUGGCUAAAUUUGUUGCACUGUUCUAGUGUGUGCUGAUUCUAGGAACUGGCCUCCCACCUAUAAUGUGACUGGGGGUGGUCUAGGAGGUUGAGAAGAGGGUUUCAGUAUUGCUAUAUUGUACGUGCCCAUUUAAUGGAAGAAACCCUCAAUUUUGUUGUAAACCUUUAGGCGAUUUGAUAUCUUGACAUGCAAAUUAUUCCUUGUGAUUUCAUGAAGUGUUUCAUAAACAUAAGCUUUUGUUAUAUUUGUACAUCCAAAAUUUCACUAUCAUCAGUUAGCUCUGAUUUUAAGUCUGUAAAUCUUUUCCCUGUCCCUGUUCUAUGUAAAUGUUAAGCUCGUGAGUGUGGUUAUUUUUAGCUGUAUGAUCAGGAUGCUGCCAAUUUGAGACAAGUCAGUAGUUGUACUGAUUCCAACUGAUGGUCGAGGCAGUUAUGAAAGACCAUACAGAGACCCUUAUACAAGCACAUGGCAAUUGAAGCUAUGCAGACCUUUAUAUAUAUAUAUAUAUAUAUAAUAAAUCUUUUUAAUAUUGCUAUGUUUAAAGAAAAUGCAAUUACUUUCCUCGGUGGAAAAUAUCACUUAUUUUGAAAGGGGGUUAAACUGUUGGAAUUUAAAUAAUGUAAAUGGUAGUCUUCUGUAUGUGACCUUGUUUUCUAUAUGUGCAAGGGUUCUUUUCUGCUAAAAACGCCUUUUAUUUCCUGAAGGUGCAUUUGUAGAGAGUGUGCUCUCAAUCUCAGCCAAGCUGUAAUGAAACGGGGGGUGGUGGGUGGGGGGGAAGUAAAAUGGUACAUGUUCAACUGAUGCAGGCUUGCAGAAACUGAGAGGUUGCAUGUCCACCAUCUCCACCUAUGAAUGGUAAUGGUCUGAGGUGUUCAUGGGAGUGCAGCAAAUGAUAAGGACUUAAGACAUUUAUAAACUUUAUACACUGGUGUUUAGGUAUGACUGGAGCUAUGAAAGUUUAAACUUUUAAAUGCACUUAAACCCAGGUUCAAAAUAUUAUUCUUUUGUAACUUUGCACAUUGGCAGCAAAGGUAGAUUGUUCUUGUAACAAACUGCAUUGUUAUUUCACGAUUGAGGGCGAUCAUUUUUUUUAUUGGUAACACUUUGGCAGAUUGUAAGGUUCCCAGGGCUGGUUGCAUGAUCAGGUUUGCACACUUUGGGCAUUGAAGGACUUCUCCUGAGACCAUUUUUAAACAAAAGCGCUGCUCUUGUGUUUUUUUAUAUAAGCAAAAAAGGCCAGUACAGGUACUGCAGGGUGAUAGUGUUAUGAAGGGGAGGUGCUAGUUAACAAAUGUACCCCUUACAAAUGUAAUCCUUGUUAAAAUGACGUUAGGAUGGGAAUUGCAGGACUUGGGGGUGGGGGAAUGAAAAGAAAAACUUGAAUAUGUUGAUUUGUUGUCCUAUAUAACACAUCUGGUGUUCUGCCCUGACAUUAAAACAUUGUCUGAUUUAACAUUGACUUUAAGAGAUUGCCAUCCACUGUGCUUUGAGUGCUGUUAUUUAUGCAAGUUUCAUCACACAAGUGGCCAGCAUUAAAGUGCAUUCCCAUGUUGCUUAAAGUAAGGCAGGUGAAAUAUUUUUUCAAGGGACCAGAUAAAUGCAUAGUACAGAAAUUGACUUUAAAAGUUAUAUUUGGAGAAUUGCUCCAACCUACUUGCCACAUGUGAGCAGAAGAUUGAUCCAUGUGUCAAUUCAGUUCCGACUUUCUGAUUUGAUGUCCAGAAUUCUUCCUUGAUUCUAUAGUCUGUGCAUUUGUGUAAUUUUUUUUGUUCCCUUUUGGCAAUGUAGCAAGGGUCCUGUUGAAAUCAGGUAGUAUCAAAACAUGCAAUCUACAGAUGAAGUGCCAUUUCAUGCAGUCUUUGAAUGUUUUCAAUGAAAUCCAAACAUCCAUUCUAUAAGGCAGCUUUUUUUAAAUUGAAUCACACAUUUAAAAAUAAGUCAUCCAAAUGUGUUGAUGUUGAAUGCAGUGUGUAGCAUCCUGAUAUCUGACUUCAGAUUAAAAGUGGUUUUGUUAUGGUUGUUACUGUAAUCAAGAGUAAGUUUUUGACUUGCAAUCUUCAGGCCGCGCUGAAGGGUGCAAUCUCCAAAGUGGUGUGUAGUCAUCCAACUAUAGUGUAUGUUCAUGAAACUUGAAAGAUAAUUGGGCUCAUAAUUAAAACGGCCAUAAACUUUUGCCAGUCUUGGGAAACGUUCACAAGACUUUGGGAUUUCUUUUCUCACAGAAUUAAUGACUCCAUUUUGUAUUGCAUGACUCCUUCUUAGAUAUUUUUAAAGUCUCUAAAUUAUGUCGAAGGAUUACAAAUCCCAAUUUGUGGAGAUGUACAAGAUCCUGAUUGUGAGCAGCAGUACAGGGUGAAAGUGAAGUUUCCUUGUGCUGUGAUAAAUGCACAUUCCAGCAAUCGUGUUUCAUUUAGUUUGUUUCUGAUUCAAAUGAUCUUGGUCCUAACAGUGAAAUAUCAAAUUGCAGUGUUGUAAAUGCAAGUGAUAUCACUUAAUUGUUGCUUCUGUACAUAACCUGCCCUUUUGUACACAAGAUGUUAUAAAUGUACUUUUUUGACAGGACUCCCUGAGUACAAUAAUGUUUGUAUUGAAAUCUAAUCAGCCUUUUACCUUGAAUGUGAUUUUGCAAACACCAUUGGUUUAUGAAAGUGUACUUUAUUCUUGCAUUGUUUUCAACAUGCAUUAUAUUAUUGACACUGGAGAAUCAAUAACUGCUUAAAAAUAACUGAUAAUUGUAAAAUGUUCUCAAUAAAGACUUUCAGUAUAUCUAA